GUAGAGUGUCCCGUUAGUGGUGUUGUUGGACCUUCAGGUUUGUUCGCAAAACAAGUUGGGGUAACCAAGGGAGUUGUUGGUGUGGGUGGAUCAGUCUUUCCCUGUCACUCGGAAAAACCCUAGAAGCGUUCACCAAGAUAGCCGCCGCGGGUCUGGUGACUGUUGCUAUCUCCGGCGGUUGGCUUCCUCGUCUGUCACGGCUGCGCCCUCCCGGUGAAAGACCUCUCCACCGACGCCAUUCUCCAGAGCAUGCGUGGUACCCAAGGAUCGAUGGAAACAAAGGAUCGGUGGUGAUCACAGCCGCCAUGCCUCUGAGGUGUGGUUGUCCUGUAGUGGGUGUUAUUGCUCGUCAUCCACGGUGCCUGUCAGUCGAAGGUUGGAGCUGGUUUGCCCAGUGAAGGAUCAGCUUUGAGCUCGGGUCUCGAAAUACUAUCAGGCUAGAAGGUUACCAAGUUGUUUCCAAUGGAUUUCAGUCAUUCGUUUAACAGUGAGGGCGAAGACUCGGUUGGGAGUGCCUCCGAUGAUAGUUGUGGACAUUAUUGUCCUAGUGGUGAUACAUACGACGACGAGGAGAACCUCGAAUGCAGUGCGGGUGGCGCUAGCGGGGAAAAUAGUGAAGGUGGUGCCGAUGAUGGUGAUGGGUCGGGUGAUGCAGAUGAUGUGGCAGAGGGUUGUCUCCGCCGGCCAGUCGCUGCGAAGGACUUCUUGGGAAAAGAGUUUGCAACUAAGGAGGAUGCUUACGCUGCCUACAAGGAAUUCGCUAAAUUAAGGGGUUUCGGAGUUCGGAAGGGAGAUGUAGCUCGUGUGAAUGGGGUGUUGAUUAGGAGAGACUUUUUCUGUCAUCGACAAGGUACAAGACAUCCAAAGCACUACGACCGUCAUGAGCGAGUAAGGGAGGAGAGGUUGGAGAGUCGCACGGACUGCAAGGCAAAGUUGAAGAUUUACUAUGAUAUGCAGCAUAGUGUGUGGAGGGUCAGCACCAUCGUAGACGAACACAACCACGAGCUUGCCCCAGCAGUGUUCGCACGUCUCCUUCCUAGUAAUCGGAAGAUGAGUGAGGGUGACAAGGCACAGGUGGAUAGUUGGAAGCAAUUUGGGAUCGCAACGUCGAAAACAAUGGCUUACAUGGCGGGGCAAGUUGGUGGGUAUGGCAUGCUCCGAUUUACCAAACGGGAUGUGUAUAAUUAUGUUCACGGGCAAAGGGUUGCACGAAUAAUCGACGGUGACGCCGUGGCGACUAUCAGUUAUUUGGAGGGAAAGGCAAAUGCUGACAUGAGGAGCGUGGCGAGAUACACACGAACCCCGGACAAUCGUUUGGGCAGCCUAUUUUGGACUGACGGUGAGAUGAUGACGGAUUAUCAGCUUUUUGGUGACGUCUUGGCCUUUGAUUCGACGUACCGAUCUAAAAAGUACAAGAAGCCACUGGUGGUUUUCUCUGGAUCAAAUCACCACAAACAAACAACUAUAUUUGGGUUCGCAUUGUUGGAGGAUGAGGAGGUCCGCACUUAUAGGUGGUUAUUGCUAAACCUGCUAGAUGUAAUGGCGCACUUAUCUCCAUUGGAUUAUUUUUUAUUCUAUUGUAUUUUUCUUUUAAAUUUGGUAACUUUAUCAUAAGACCAUGGGGUUGCA